AUGUCAGACAACUGGGGCUCGACGGACGACGCCCAACCCACAAAUCAGUGGGAUAGCGGCGCUGCACCAGGAAUGGAAGGCGAUGCUGGCGGAGCUGGCGGCGAUGCUGUGCCAGAAGGUGACAAGCAGGCUCUUCUCGACCGUGCCCGAUCUGCCGGCUGGACAGAGACCACCGCGUUCGAUUACGCCGAGUACCAGCGACAGGGAGGCGACCGCGGCGACUGGUACGGCGGCGCCGGUGUCUACGAGUGGAGCGGCGACUACGGCGACGUCGCCCCUGAGGUUCCGGAACUCGAGAAGAUCCUCUUCUCCAGCGACCUCAUUACCCGCGAGGGAGCCCAUCGCUCGAACCUCAACAUGGAGGUCGCGGUGGAGGGACCAGACAAGAUCACGCCAUUUGAGUCGGUAAGUCAUAUCACAUGUCCUCCUCCCCAGAUGCCCCGCUGACCUUCGCCCAGUUCAAGGAGGCCGGUCUGCACCCCGUCGUCGAGCGUAACGUCGAGCUCUGCGGAUACGUCAACCCCACCCCCAUCCAGUCCUACGCAAUUCCUGCAAUUCUCGAUGGACGAGAUCUAGUCGCCGUCGCGCAGACCGGUGAGUAACAUGUGAUGGACACCUGCUUGAGAACUCGCUGACAAGCAUUUCAGGCUCUGGCAAGACUGCCGCUUACCUUGUGCCGAUCAUGUCGAAGCUCAUGGGCAAGGCCGCGAAGCUGCGCGCGCCACGUCCAGACGUCACCGCUCCUGGAUUCAACGUCAAGGUCCAUGGCGUUCGUGCAGAGCCGCUCGUGGUGGUCGUGGUUCCUACCCGCGAGCUGGCCAUCCAGAUCUUCGACGAGGCGCGUCGUCUAUGCUAUCGUAGCAUGCUCCGCCCCUGUGUCGCUUACGGAGGCUAUCCGAAGGGCCAGAACAUCGACGAGAUUAGUAAGGGCUGCGACAUUCUCAUCGGCACCCCAGGCAGACUCUGCGACCUCAUGGAGAAGCCAGAGGUCCUCACCAUGGGGCGCGUCAAGUACGUACCUCGACACGCGACUCGUGUCCAACACACUGACAUGUUCCAGGUACACCGUCAUCGACGAAGCCGACGAGAUGCUCGACCAAGACUGGUCGGACGACUUGAGCAAGAUCAUGGCUGGCGGUGGUAUGUAUAUCCCAUCUAUUGGUCUCCACACGCCUGCUGACUUUUGAACUAGAUGCCAACGAGGACGCCGAUCACGUCUACAUGAUGUUCUCGGCCACGUUUCCCAAGGGCGCGCGUGAGCUCGCUCGCGAAUACAUGGCCCAGGACUACACUCGCAUUCGAGUCGGCCGCGCUGGCCAGUCGCACAAGAACAUUCGCCAGAACGUCAUCUACGUCGAUUACGAUGCCAAGCGCCAGGCUCUCUACGAUCUCCUCUUCCAGUCCGAGCCAGCCCGCACGUUGAUCUUCUGCAACUCCAAGCCGGCCGUCGACCUGCUCGACGACUUUCUGUACAACCGUGGCCUCCCCACCACCUCCAUUCACGGUGAUCGCAACCAGCGCGAGCGCGAGGACGCCAUGUAAGUACAAUGCUGACCGAGUCUUGACACACAAGCUAACAUCAAUACAGCCGCGCAUUCCGUACCGGCCGUGCUCCCAUCCUCAUUGCCACUGGCCUCUCUGCUCGUGGUUGGGAUGUCAAGGAUGUGAUGCAUGUCAUCAACUACGACCUUCCGAGCACUCAGUACGGUGGUAUCUCUGAGUACAUCCACCGCAUUGGCCGUACCGCUCGUAUCGGCAAUCAGGGUCUCGCUACAUCCUUCUACAACGACCGUAACGAGGACCUCGCUCAGGAUCUUGUCAACGUCCUCGUGGAGUGCGAUUGCGAGGUUCCUGACUUUCUAUCGCAUCUCAUUCCGGAAGACGCCAAGAAGAUCGAAUGGGAGGAUGACACCGACGACGAGGCUGAGGGUGGCAACGAGGAUGGUGGUGUAGCUUGGGGUGGCGAUUCCGGCGACGCGCCUCCUGCUGCUGCUGCUGGCCGGGGUGCCGCUCCAGAAGCCUCUGCUGACACCAGCUUCACCGCUGACGGCGGUGAUACUGGCGCCUCCGACUGGUAG